AGGCGCGCGGAGCUGCUGACAGGACCUGGUCAGAAGGGGUCCCUUUAGCAGAGCUUCAGCCAGAGCGCCCAGGGCAGCACGAAGCAGCGGCUCGAGGCGCGCACUUUCUCCUCCGAGCCCGCUAGGGCGCCUGCCCCGGAGCCCGACAACUCUCGGCCACGGUCCCCGCAUCCCCCGAGGACCCUUCGCCUCACCUGCGCCUGCCACGCCCCGUCCGGCCGCCGGGAUGAGCGAGCUGAACACAAAAACACCCCCAGCAAGCAACCAGGUGUCUGACCCUGAGGAAAAAGGGAAGGCUGGCAGCAUCAAGAAGGCUGAGGAGGAGGAGGAGAUUGACAUCGACCUGACAGCUCCAGAGACAGAGAAGGCUGCCCUUGCGAUUCAGGGCAAGUUCAGGCGAUUUCAGAAAAGGAAAAAGGAUUCCAGUUCCUGAAUGGCCAGCCUUCCCUUCACCCUUCUACUUCCUCUCUCCCCUCCACAGCUCUGGCUCUCACAUGUCUUGUCCCUUUAUCCCUCUGGCCUCUCCUAGAGGCAAGCUUAAACCUUUAUAUAUUCUUUUCUCAGGCUCUCUUAAGCCAUCACAGUAGUAGAGACACAGGACUUGAGAAGACGCCAGUUGAUUGUCACUAGGCUAAGGGUGGAUCAGUGCGUUGCAGAGAACAAAAGGUUUUGAGGUUUGACCCUUCCCUACCCCUAAUGCUGAGGGCAGGAUGGGAAAGCCUUCAGGGUGCAGUGACUGAGGGUGGGUAGAUUACUCUGCCAGAUGCAGCACUCACGCUUCAGGUAACACUUUCUGGUCCUUCGGCACCAUCCCUCCCAUCUCCCAUGACUCAGCCACAAUGCAGCUGCCCUUUCCCCUGGGCAGACAUAAAACAAGGAGCUUGCAGAAUGUGAUGGUGCAUGCCUUUAGUACCAGAACUUGGAAGGUAGAGGCAGCGGAAUCUCUGUAUGUUCAAGGCCAGCCAGGGCUACAUAGGGAGAGACCCUGUCUCAAAAAACAAAAAACGAAAACAAAAACAAAACAAAAAACCCUGCACCUCCCCCCCCCCAAAAAGCAGCUUAAUAAAUUAGUGCAUGCUGAGUAGAUUCCUUCCAAGGAAGGAAAGCAGGUAGAGACAGGAAAAUCUUCCUUCAUGGUCCAGAGGAGCCAAAGAUGGCAGAAGGCCCAGAGGCCAUAGGCCAGAAAACAUUUAGGAAGGAAAGAAAAGUAGAGAAGGGAAAGACGUCUGAAGCUAGAAGUUAAAUUUAAUUGUUAAAUAAACACUACAUGAGGGGCUUUCUGGCCAUUGCUAAUCUGCCUACCUCUUAAUCUACCCCAUCUCUAGUCAUCCCCAGAGCCACAUGAGCCAAGUGACACCCCUAUAGUUCUCAGCCACCCCACUGUGGAGUCAGGGCAAAAAUAGCCACUGUAAUGUGAUUUUAGCAUGUUUAAUAAUCAUAACAAUAAAAAAAGCCCUCAAAUGGGGCCACUGAA